ACUCGUUUCCUCCACAUUGUUUAGUUUGUCUGUGGUACAAUUUGGAAGUUCAAAAUAUCGUUUACAGUAGAUUCUUUGUAAUACAAAUUAAUUUUCCUGCCCGCUGUACAAAAUAAUGUAUUGAGAAAUAUAAUUUUAAGAGUUACUGUGAGUCAAAACUUUCAAUAUGACUGCCGACAACGAAUAUCCAAAGGCGUCGAAUGCCACCCUAAUUGGGGCAACAAUCUCCUAUGUUGCUGGCCUGUUCCUGCUGUUCUCGUUUGCGAGCCCAUACUGGAUAGAGUCAUAUCCGGAGAUGUUUGAUUCCUUUAAGCGCAUGGGCUUGUGGGAAUAUUGUUUUGAUCGCUUCCGUCUGCCACAGUACCAACUGGACAAACUCUUCAUGGGCUGUCACUACAUUUUUAGUCAGGAGUACUAUGUGAUCCGCGAGUACCUGUUGCCCAGCUGGCUCAUGGCCGUGCAAGCAUUUGUCACAUUGGCACUCAUAUUCUCACUCAGCGCACAAGUCCUACUGGCUUGUGUCAUUGUGCGCUGGCCUCUGCGCACAGUGCUACAAUAUGAAUGGAUUUUUGUCUCACUCUCAUUUCUCUUUGUUGCUGCCUCAAGUGUGUUCUUGUUCUUGGCAGUAGCAGUGUUUGGAGGGAACUGUUACCGCCGGGACUGGCUGAUGUAUCCCUCAUUCCAUAUUGUCUCAUGGUCAUAUGCCUUUGCUGUAGUUGCGUUAGUAUUUUUCGGCGUAGCGGCGGUUCUGCUGUACAUGGAGUCAAAGAAGCUGUACGAGCUGCGAUUGGAGGCGCGCAACCUCGUGGCGCAGAUGCAGCACAGCCAGCCCGAGCACGCCCUGCACCAGCUGCGCGACCAGCUGCAGCACCAGCGACAGAUCGGCUGGAAUAACUAGCUCUUCACAUGCACUGCGUAACCUGUCACACAUUUUUCCCUACAUGAAAAGCUACAGAUGUAGUCAGUAAGCAUGAGCAAGACUGAUGUGUGAGACUUUUAAAAAAUUGCAAUAAAUUAAAAACCGUAAAUAAAAAACGAAUAUUUAGUUGAGACAAUAUACCGGGUAUUAUUAUUCAAUUUUGUUAAAUCUAUGAUUAAUGAUAUAUUAAAUGUCGUUUACAUACACUCAAAUCCCAAUGGGCACUGCAAUAAUGUAUAGCUAGUGGAGUUACCCAUUGUUCUUAUUGACUACAUUUGAGUUUUGCUUAUUCAUGUUUUGCUAUUUGCUUAGUAAAUAAGGACUCCUUAAUUUUGUUGAGAGUAUUUUGGAUUUCAUGAAGUUUUAUCAGUAUGAUAUAAUCACUACAUUAUAUAGUUCGUUUUUUUUUAGCAUUAGAAAUAAGGUAAACAAUCUUGAUGUGUCUUUUAAUAGAAAAACACAUUUUUAAAAAUAAGUUACGGCAAAUAUGUAACAAUUAUGAAUCUAAUACGAUCAUUUAUAUUCUUCUGCUUUCAUAAGUAAUAGUUACUGAAUGUUAUAAAGCGUUUUUCAAUUAAAAUACAUGUCAAGAUUGCUUACCUUCUUUCAAAUUCUUUCUAAUGCUAAAAAAACGAACUAUAGAUCUUAUUAUUGCCCACAUCUUACUUUCCACCAUAUUCUGAAGGUCAUAUAAAAUUUAGUCAAUAGAACGAUAUCGUUUAGAUUGUGUGUUAGAGGCAAACUAUCUCAAAUUUACUGUUACUGAAUGUGCACUAAAGUUUUAUCUCCAUAAACUGGUUCACUCUUACACGAUUUAUAUAUAUUGUUAUUACAAACUUAGCUAAAACGGGACUUGAUCACAAAUAAUUAGGUGGAAUCACAGACUACACAGACAACGCAUUAUGAAGCGUUUACAAAGAGCACGAGGUCACCACACAUAUGUACAAUUUUACUUGUAAAAUACCACGAAUCCAGCAGCACAAUAGAAUUGCAUUCUGCGCGAAUCCAGCAGCACAAUAGAAUUGCAUUCUGCGCUAUUUUAUACUAUAAUAACCCAAGAACACCCCUAAAGCAUAAUAUUUAUAAAUAUUUUUAAAGUACUCGUGUAGUGGUCCUAAUUGUGGGCGCAGCUGAAAUAAGCGGUCGCUCUGCCAUACUAAAUUUGUACCGGAGAGCAUAUGUGUGGUGACCUCGAUUGACUUAUGGGCUCCGUCUAGUAGUUGAGGUGGUCUGUGGGUGGAAUAUUAGCUCGGACGUUUCGACAUGCAUUGCCUUCGUGAUUUUUAAGGAGAAAUAUUUUCUUUUGAUGGAUCAAAUUUUUAGGCUUAUUUGUACAUGAUUAAGUCCUGUUUGAGUUAAUAAAAAAAUACCUUCGUAUCGUGGGGUUACAAACACAAGAAAUAACAUAAAUAACAGUUGUGAAUGGGUUAUUACCAUGGUAUGGUUUGGUUGAUAGUAAUGUACUAAUGUAUGUCUGUCGUUCUUAGAAUCUUAUUUUUAACAUUCCUUAGUCGCUUUAUGUAAUAGCGGACGUUUUCUGUUGUCAGCUCUUUUAUAAUGUGCCUUGAAAGAUGAAUCCUGGCUUGAAAGCAAAUAGAUGAUAUUUAUUCUUUAUUCAAGAUUAUUUUUAGGUUUUGAACCGUAGAGAGACGAAUCUGAAAGCGCCAUUUUAAAUUUAGUAAUUUAUAUCUAUACUAUUUUCUUUAUUUGUAAAUUAUAAUCUCAAAAAAUAAAAAUCUCAGAAGAAGAAAUUGACCUUUAAACAAAUGUAUUCAUAUUUAGUAUUAAGUUUCAAAUUAGAGUAAUAUUCUUAAAAACUUCGAGCGAUUUUUGUAUAAAACAUUUGUUUUAAUUUUAAUGAAUGUAAUCAAUCGCUAAUAACUUAAUAAGAUAUUUCGUAUGACUGAAACAUUACGUAUGUAAUUCCGAUUCUUAUUUUGAAUCUCAAUGCCGUCCGUUAAAGACUAACAUUUGUAUAGAGUAAGCAUGUUCACUAAGAUAAACCAUAGAUGUGUUUAAGUCUGGAUUUAGGUUAUUUUGUAUGUUUAUUUGUUUAUUGGCGUAUAAGGGCAUAUGAUACAAUGUUUCUUUUUUCGCAUCAGAUGGAUGAUAACACUUACACAGGACAGAUAUUUUCUGAGCAACUCGCGUUAGUGAUGUCCAUACACCGCACUUGGGGGGCAUUUUUGACAUCAUGAGAAUUUAUUGAUUUAUUUGCAAACGUUACUAACUGACGUGCCCGCAAAAUGCCCCCUAGAGUGCGUGGUAUGGUGAAGUCUGACGUCACUAAACUUGAUCGUCCAAUUUCACCUCACAUCUUCUCAGAUAUGAGUCCUAGUCGGCGGUGAUAUGACAUGUAUAAUCUUACAUUUUGACUUUCACCCAAAAUAAUGAAAAGAUAGUCACAAUAUGUUUGAUUACUAUGGUGCAGAAUGAAAUACUCCAGAAGUAUUUUGCAUAUCUACUCAACUCUCAUUUCAAGAUUAAUAAUGAGUUUUAGUUUAAGGAUUUUAUUAUGUUAAUUAAGUAAGUUGUCUUGUACAAAGUCCGAGACAUUCAGGGCCGCUUGUACCAAUCCGUCUGUAACCGUAAUUAAAUUCUCUAAAAUGUAAUUGUGCACCAUCGGGUCCUUCAAGAUUAUUGAUGUGCCUUGUUAGUUAAAUUACGUUUAGUUGGAUUUGAUUCACAGUAGGGGUACUCAUUUUACAAUUUGUUGUUGGAACACGUGGAACAUGGAACAGUCGUUUAAAAAAGUUAGAAAUUAAGAUGAAAUAGACUAAGGCCGUUUUAUGUUACUGUCGAUUCUAUUUUCUUCCGACAGAACUUCGACUCUCACCACGCUAACUUUGCACAAACUUGGCACUUGACACUGACAGUAAGAAUUUACACAUAUCCAUAUACGAGCAAGCACUAUAAGUACUUGCGUCAUGUCAUGGAUUUAGUUAGAUAAAGUUUGCUUGAUAGAAAAUGGAAUCGAAAACUUCACAAAUCAGUCAGGGCCCACCUGACUUUAUUUGAUUGAUUGUUUAACUUGAACUUAAUUUCUUUUUGUUAUCGUGGAUCAAAUCCAAUUUAAUUCUAGAUCCGUCCAAGUAUAACGUUAUUUGUGUUUUUAGUAUUGUAAACUUAAUUAAUACAUUAAUAAAAUAUAUUUCUGCACAA